GUUAAUUUAAAUGGCAACACCUGAUGUGAAUGUUUCACAUAUUUACAUAAAAUACUCUGAUUACAUUGUGUGGCGACAUGCCGACGCUGCUCCGCGGUGCGUUUGAUUUAAUCGUGAUUUGUUCGCUUUUAAUAUGCGGUAUUUUUUUUUUUUUUUAAUUUUUUUUUUUUUUUAACAUUAACACGCCCACAGCGCAGAAUUACGAGCAUAAACAACGCGGUCGUAAAAGUUGAACUUAUUAAACUUGCCCCGGUGGGUUACUCGAAACUCUUCUCGUCGCCCUCCCCGUCGACGUUACGUACGCAGCCGUGGCGUGCCUGCAAGCCAAAUAACAUGGAGUCCUCUGCCUGGCAUCUCCAAGGGAUCCAUGCAAAGACCUGAGCAGCGGUUCAAAACGCCAACUUUUUGUCCAUGGGAGCAGUCCGAGCCUCUUGCGAGCAUCGUCGCGGGACGUAAAGCUUCAGCUCCGUCCUCAAACUAUGACGAACGGCGCUUAGAAGAGGCAGCCUUCCCCCCUCUGCGAUCCGCAAACCAGGCCGAUUUCAAAGGAGAGGGAGGCUGCACCAUGUAGGCGGGCUGGUCGCCAGCGGGACUCCAUACUGCUCUCUGGGGGGGACCAUGGAGCCAGAAGGGCAGCCCCUAACCCCAGGGACCAGCUAUGGGCCCCCAGCCUUCAACUCAGCACAAAACCCGGUCAGCCCCACCUUCCUCAACUGCACCUUAGAGUCCUCAUGUUCUCCAAACCUGAGAGACGGCCUGAUGCCUGGCAAACGCCCGUGGGGCCCCGCUGGUGUAGACGAGUCCUCCGAGCCCACUGAAGGCCCUCAGCUCGAGUCAGGGAGGAGUGCACAGAGGAAAUUCAAGUCCUCAGCCUUCCCUUCCUCCCUAAGCUGGGACUCUGACUCUGAGAAGGAAACGAUAGAUGAGGAGGAGCUACAGAACUUUUCUAACCCUCACGGUCUGGCUGCUCACAGCCCAGGAUCUCCUUCUUCUGGACUCAGACCUGAUUGUGAAGAUGACCGAGUACCCGAAAAAAUGCAGCACUUCCAUAGUAGGACUGAGACAUCUUCCCCCGUGGAGGGGCACAAGGACAACAACGAGAGCACAAAGAAAGAGGAGCCAAAAACAUCUCAGCUUGGCCAAACAGAAUUGGCAGACAGCAAAGUCUGGAAUGUAUCAAAGGGAGCUGAGCCAUUUCUGUCCAAAGUAAAACCAAAGGAAGGUUGCCAAAUGGAGGAGGAGGCGGACAACGGUGACGGAGAGAAAAGGCCCAAGGGAAAGGAAACCAAGGAGCCGGAGAGAGAUGUGUACACCUUCCCUGGAGACUCAGAUCCAGAGAGUCCCCCUCCUGCCCCCUGGGCUCAUUGCACAUUCAUUCAGCGGUGCAGAAAGAAGAGGGUGCUGCUCAGGCCCUUCUCCGGACUUGGCACCCUGAAGCGCACAUCGCCUGAGACUGGCAAGUUAGCAAGACUGAGUCCUCAGAAAUCCAAAACCGCUGAGACCGCACAGCUGAGUCGAGGUGGAGGGGUUUAUGAUUUUGAGGAGGUUAGCUUUGGAGACGGAGACGUGGAGCCGAUAAAGUUCAGAGGCAGAGGUGGGACAAAAAGAGACAAAGAGCAGGAAGAAGAAGAAAGCGAGUUGGAGCCAGGCAAAGAUAUCUUCACCUGCGUGGAGUGUAGCAUUUACUUCAAAAAGCAGGUCCACUUGCAGGAGCACAUGGUCGAGCACUGUCAGACCGGCGCAGGCGGCGGACGGCGUGUCGGAAAAGGCGGUCGUUUCAGGUGCGUUGAGUGUGGAUGGAAUCUGCCGAACCGACUCGCGCUGGCGGACCACCACAGAAAGCACCAGGAGUCCCGUCUGAAGAUCCUGGAGGAGAUUGAGAAACUGAAUGAAAACGGGAAGGCGAGAGAAAUUCAGACACUGGACAGUAAGGUAGUGAAGCAUAUAAGCGCAGACCCAGAAACGGUUAAAUCUCCACCUCUGUCCCCGGCAGCACCAGUUUCUACUCCGGACACAGACCCUGCAGUCCUCGACAUAGACUCAACUCCGCCAAAUUCAGUUCGAACCCCAGCUCAGGCCCGAGCCGUCUCUGCCUACCGCCGCCGCUUCGUCUGCACCAAGUGUAACUUCAGCACAAGAACAUCCCAGGCACUGGCUAAUCACUCCAAGACCCACAACAGAAAAAAGCCCACUCUCCAGCCUGACUCUCCGUCUCCUGGUUCACCCUCAAGUGUGGCAUCCACUUCCCUGGCCUGCGGUCACUGUGCCUUCAUGACCUCAAGUCAAAGCAUACUGAGGGAACACCAGACGCUUGUUCACCCAGGACAGGUGGCCGCCAGCGGGGCACAGGACGAUGAGACCGGCCAGCGUUCACGGUCCAACGGAGGAGCGAGAGUUUCAAAACCCACCGCAGAUUCUGAUUCAGGAUCCCCGCCUGAUGCAGAUCAAGGCAAAAGCCAGCAAGGAGCCUCUGAGGACAGCACAACACCAGACAGCGCGGCAGCUCGGCCCGCCAGCCAGGCGGUCUACAAGUGUGCCGGGAACAGGAGAUUCAGCCGAAGAGGGAAGACUUGGACGGAUCUCACCAAGUUUGAUUCGGUGAUGGAUGAUGACAAGCUGCCUGGGAGCGAAGAGGAAGAGCAGGACCAAGAUCAGAGCAGAGAGCUUAGCAGUGAGCUGUCCCAGCAGGAGGCAAAUUCACCUGUGGGAGUGAAACCGCACACCAGAGCGCGAGCCAACAUAGAUGACAGUUCAUCACAGCAGAGUCCUACACUGUCGCUGCCCCCUAAGAAGAGCGUAAAGGACGAGGACAAGCAGGAACUGGAGAAGGAUGGAAAGGUUUUCUUUUUGAGGAGGAGCGCCAGGGUUACUGCUGCCCCUGCAGAAAUUGACAGUGACGAUGACGACGACGACAUUGACGAGGAACGCGUGCGACGUUUCCUGUCAGAGGGCAUCUUGGAUGAAGACAAAGAUGAGAUUGAUGAGGACGCCGAGGCACUGAAGAGUGUGGAGAGGAAAUGCCCCUACUGCCCCGAUCGAUUUCAUAAUGGAAUUGGGCUUGCCAAUCACGUGAGAGGCCACCUGAACCGGGUGGGCGUCAGCUACAAUGUGCGUCACUUCAUAUCCCCCGAGGAGGUCAAUGCGAUUGAGAAGAAGUUUUCCUAUCAGAAGAAGAAAAAAAAAGUUGCCAACUUCGACCCGGACACCUUCAGCGUGAUGCACUGCGAGUUCUGCAGCGCCGGCUUCGACACCCGGGCCGGCCUGUCCAGCCAUGCCCGCGCCCACCUCCGCGACUUUGGCAUCACCAACUGGGACGUCACCAUCUCCCCCAUCCACAUCCUGAGGGAGCUGUUCUCCAGCAGGCCCGACCUCGUGAUCCCCACGGCUCCCCCUCGGAGCUCUCCAGACGAGGAAGACGAAGAAGAAGAAGAAGAGGAGGAGGAGGAGGAGGAUGAAGAGGAGGAAGAAGAGGAGAAAGACUUUGGCGAGGAAGGGGAGGGAAUCAUUGAGGUAAAGCUGGAGGGGGAGACGAGUGAAAGGACGCUGAGUGCUGCCGCCGUCGCUGAUGCACCGCCUUCAGCAUCUCCACAGUGGAAGAAGAAAGAGGAGCCUGAAGGUGAUGACGAGGAGGCGGCCGAGGAAGACGAUGAGGAGGACUUGCAGCUUUCGGCUCUGAGCUCGAGUCCCGGGAAACCAGGGCUGUGCGGCGCCAACACAGACAGCCUCUCUCCCGGGGAGGAUGCAGACACCAAGGUCCACAACUUGAAGUGUGAGGUGUGCGACGCUCGGUUCGAGACCAGACGUGGACUCUCCAGCCACGCCCGCUCUCACCUGCGCCAGCUGGGCAUCAACGUUUCGGAGAGCAGCGGGGCGCCCAUCGACCUCCUCUACCAAAUAUCCAAGGAGCGCAACGUGGACGGCAAACUGAGCUCAUCUCUUCUGGAGCCGCUUGCAGCCAAGAGCUCCCCUCCGUGUAUUUCCCCGAAAGAUGAGGAGCUAGACGACAUGGACUUAGACGAGAAACCCAUCCCCCUCUCCAUCCUGGCCAAAGUGGCGAAAGCAGUGCCACCCUCGUCCUCCUCUACGCCAACACCUUCUCCUGGUGCCUCUCCAGCGCCGGCUCACUCUGGCUCGCCUUCCUCGGUGGUAAAGAAAGCCCCCAUUUCCUCUUUACUGCCUGUGUCUUCCCCCUUGCGCUCUCCGGAGCACAAGGCCGGGGGAAUGAAAAGCUUGACCAACCUGUCUGCCCCGGCCACCAUGACAGCCACCAAACCGCUCUGGGCGCCGCAGGAGAAUGACGCUCCUCUCAACCUCACUCUGGAGGUAGACCCCACCAAGGACAUUGUUUGUCAGCUGUGCGGCGCCUGGUUUGAGACUCGUAAAGGCUUAUCGAGCCACGCGCGGGCCCACCUGCGGCACUUUGGGGUGGAGUACUCUGAAUCCAAGGGCUCUCCCAUCGACCUCCUGAACCAGCUCAUCGACACCGACGACUUCAAGCACAAAGCCAGUGCACUGCAGCUCGACAGCCACACGGAGCCGCGGGGUCUCACCACCACCACCACCACCACGCUCUCCUCCCCAAAGCAACCCCUGCUGACGCUCUCCUCCUCUUCCUCUUCAUCGCUCCUCUACAAGGUGACCACAAGCGGGAGUGGGUCUACGUCCAAAGCUACCUCUUCCUCUGCCUCGUCGUUACUUGGCCCACCUGCCAAGCGUCUCAAGUCCUCUUCCAUGCAGGUCUUCCGCCUCAGCAGUGGGGAGCUCAUGGCACUUCCACACAGUGAACCUCCAAAGGAAAUAGGCUGUGAAUUCUGCGGAGAAUAUUUCGAGAAUCGCAAAGGGCUUUCCAGUCACGCCCGCUCCCACUUGCGCCAGAUGGGCAUCACCGAGUGGUCCGUCAACGGUUCCCCCAUCGACACCCUGAGGGAGAUCAUCACAAGACGGGGUCUGCCUUGCGCCCUUCCCAUAAAACCUCUCAAAACCCCUCCUCCAUCCUCCCCGGGACCCCCUCGUUCCCCUCUGUCGGCUUCCUCGUCUCCUUCAGCCACCCUCCUCAGUCGCCUGCCCUUCGCGUUCGCCCGGCCCUCCAGCCCUCCUCAGUCUGCCGUGUCAAAGUCGAGCUCGGCUCAACCGACGUCCCCGAGUGGGCAGAUUCUCAAGAUGAAGCCGGAGCCGGUGCAGCUGGAAGUCACCGCGCCUGGAACUGUGGGGAGGUCUGGAGGCUUUUCUGCUGAAUCUCUCAACUCCAGCUGGAGCAGCUCUGACAGCGUGUUCCCCCUCAACUUAGCCAUGGCCCAUGAAGUGGAGCCGACGAGGGAUAUUCGCUGUGAGUUCUGUGGGGAGUAUUUUGAGAAUCGUAAAGGGCUCUCCAGCCACGCCCGCUCCCACCUGCGGCAGAUGGGCAUCACGGAGUGGUCGGUCAACGGCUCGCCCAUCGACACCCUGAGGGAGGUCAUGCACAAGAGAGGGGUGGGCGGCUCCUCUCGCUCGGACCAGGGCGUGAAGAAGGAGUCGAGCCGUGGAGCCAACAGCCCUCUAUGGGAGAACACGGGAGGCGCCAGCAGCUCAGAGGGUUUGGGCGUUUCGAGUUUUCAGUCCUCCAAGUUCCGUAAAUCUCCUCUCAGUUUGCUGCAGUCGGGCUCCAGGCUCCAUAAGCAGGGUUUGGGGUCCGUGGGAUCAUCUGCUACAUCAUCUGCAGGGAAGUUCUUCAGGAUGUCUCCACUGGGGAAAAGGCCUCUGUCUGAGGAGGCCCAGUCAGUGGAGGCUGCCCACUCAUCGCCACAUCAGCUAAAGACUUUCUCACCCCUUCCACAUGAUUUCUCCUUCAAAAGAAAACCCUCUCCAGACAAGCACGGACACCAAGAUCCCAGUUGUGAACUGUGCGGCUUCUACUUUGAGAACCGCAAGGCUUUAGCCAGCCACGCGCGAGCCCACCUGCGGCAGUUCGGUGUGACUGAGUGGUGUGUAAAUGGAUCACCUAUCGAGACGCUUAGCGCUUGGAUGCGCAGCAGGCCUCAGAAGGUGUUGGAGAUGCACCGGAGCUACAUGCAGGGUAACCGCUCGACCCUCAAGAAGAAGAGCAGCUCACCUCUCACUGCGUCAACGGAUUCUGAUCAUAUCCUCCCCAUCUCAUCGCAGAAGGCCUCCUCUUCCUCCUCCUCCUCCUCCUCCUCUCAGUGGUCGUCGUCUUUGGCCGUGAGCCUGGUGCGGCCUCUGAGCCGCGAGGUCAGCCAGGGCUCUUCCAAGACCGCAGAGGGAGAAGCCGGUACCAACUUCCAGGCCGUUCCCAUCAGGGCCGGCCGGAGCAGCCCCAGCCUCUCGCGGCUCGGCGGCGGCCUCCCGCUUCAGGCACAGGUGGCACGCAGCGAGCUGAACGUCCGCCUGCCCAGAGGUUUCGAGCGUCGGCCCUUGAAGCACCCGUCUUGUCCAGAUGGAGCGGAGAGGGACAGCGGUCCUCCUAAACCCCCGCGCACAGGCACCGUCCCCGCCCUGGUGCCCAAACCUCCCUCCUACCCGCUGGUCAAGCUGGUGGGCAAGUUCUACACCUUGAAGUGCCGGUUCUGUGAGGUGGAGUUCCACGGGCCGCUGUCGGUGCAGGAGGACUGGAUCAGACACCUCCAGCAGCACAUUCUCAAGAUGAACUACAACAAGCCCGCUGCUCCCAAAGCAGGCGCCGCCGACCCCCCCGCUGUGGCCGACGACCCGGCCGUGGUCCAGGCCUCCGCCCCGGCCUCCACCUCUACCUCCAGAACCACCCCGACCCGCACUACAGGUCCCAAGAGCCGCUCCCCGACGCACCAGGCCGAGUGCGCUCCCGCCGUCACUGCCACAGAGAUAGUACAGGUCUCGGAGGAGCAGCCCGCCCUGACUCCGACUCCUAUCCCCCUCCCCACCCAGACGACGUAAGCUCGUGGCCCGCGGUCGCUACGCCCACUUUUUGUGUUGUUUUUUUCUUUUUUCUUUUCCUCCUUCCAGUUUCUAUUCAUCCACCUGUUUCUUUCCUUUGGCCUUCACAAAGUGUUGUUCAGGAGGAGCGUUCUCCCUCCAAAGAGCCCUCUGAGCCCAAGCACCUUUGAAGCAGCUUUCUAGACUGUUACUAAGUCCCGUUACCAUGGGAACGAAGCUCUCCUGGCUUAUCUGCGCUCCGGGGAUGAGUGAUUAUGGGAGGUUAUGAGGAGAGAUGAACUAAUGUUUUGUGUUUGCCUUGUUUUUAUUGAAUGUCCAGGUGUUAACGUGGACCAUUACUGUACCUCUCCCAGCUAUUGGGUGAUUUAGGGGUCGUCGUAGCCCUUUAUCAAACUUUUAACCCCACGUCUACUACAGCUGUUCCCCCCCCUCCUUUAUGAACAUUACUUAGACCUGAGAGAUGUUGACCUUUUCUACCAGCACGCUGGUAGCCCAGGAUCCGGCCCGUUAAGGGUCCUGACUGAGAUUAAACGACGUUUCUAAUCAUCUAGUCUUGUGGUUGAGACUUUAAACAUGUAACACUUAGUGUUAAAAAAACAAACAAAAAAAACAAAAAACGGCACUUUUAAUGUUGACAUUGUCACUCAGCACUUAUUGAAACACCCGUUUGAACGGGUUAAUGUGGACUGACUAAUUCUGAUUGGUUCAAGGAGCAAGAAGUGGAAGCACAGACAAAAAGGGAACUCCCCCCUCUAGGUAACUUUAUGAUGUAAUGCUGUCCCCUACGUAUACAUUUUUUGCUUGAAUGUAGCUUAAAGCACCUAAUAAUACCUUAUAUGCACACAUUCACACACAAUCAAACGUAUGCCCCUUCCUGCGAUGCCAUUGGACGUGAUGCUUCUGCUCCAGCUGCCGUCGUGUCGGCGGCGGUCGAGGCUUCACGUCUCUCCGUUCACAGUGUUGCCAUUUUCUUCCUGCCUUUUUUUUUUUUCUCUCUCUCUUCGAUGUAACCCAAAUUUAUUUAUUUAUUAUUUUUGCAUCUGAAUGUGGUAAGCUAGGUCAUUUAAAAGCUAACGUAUAACUUAGGAAUGUUUGAAAAUAGGUGCGCUUGUUCAAAGGCGCACGACGUGAGUGUGGGUGUUAGUUUGUAUGUUUGUGUACAUACAUAGCGAAAAACGUGCAUUUGUUUUUUGUUUUUUUUUCCCCAUUUUGAGAGAGAAAGACGGAAGUAAACGCGCUUGACGGGAAGACGCCUCCUUAGCUCGAACUGGACUGAACGCGGGAGCUGACCCGUCCGUCUGCCGUAGUCUGAUCAGGACGUAUAUGCAUCCAUCGUCGUGUUAGGAUGUGCCAAAGAGUCUGUUUACUUCCUGGUCUUGCCUCUGUAAGAGCUGUUUACAUUGGACCUGAUGGUGGAGGAAACUCUGCACAGCUACCGAGUUCCCCGAGGCCCCCUCUCCUCCCCAGAACAAUGGACUUGAACCGGCGGUGAUCUGCAUCCACUACACGCACCGUUGAGUUCCUCCCCUCUCCAGUUUUAAAGACUCGGGCUACCGGAGCGGCUUCAUGGGACUCACGUUGUUACUGUAGGGUUAGAUUAUUCCAAUUAAACACGAACACAAACCAAACUUGAUUUCAAGCAGGGCUCCUGAGAGAACUGUCGGCCCUCAGUCCAAAUACAGAAACACGUCUGACCUCGGCCUCCCGAGGCUGAAGUCUGCCGGCUGUGGUUCUUUUUACGUCGCUUCGGUGUGUUCGUAUCAACCGAGAGCUGAAGCAUCACCUAAAGGGUCCAUGUAGUUCUGGCAACCUUUUGAAGUUUGUUCCAGUGUUGGCCAUGUUUGAAACAUGACUGUUCGAUCCAAACCCCGACCCUUUUAUGGAGUAUAGAUACAUACUAUAUAACUACAUGUACUUAAGAAGCUGUUGAUGCUAGUAGAGCCGUCAGCAGUUCUAUUAGCAAGGUAGUUGAAAAAGAAGUGAUCUUAAUUCCUCUAUCGUGAUUUUUGAUUUCGACAUUUGAUGCUAUGUAUUUUUUAUUGCUCUGUGCAUUUCUGUAUUUGCAGUCCCGCAAGGUGAAUCUUAGAGUAUUUUUUAUUUUAUCUGUUAGUCUCUCCAAGCUGAAACUUUUUGGUGCUGGCGAGAAUGUUGCUGGUCGGUGAACUGAACGCGAGGAUAACAUUUUAAUGUGAUUGUCACGUCCUGGUAUCAAAGGACUCUAAUAGGCAGGCCUUUAAAGGGGACCGCGUUUGCAAGGUGAGACGCCAGCCUCCCUCUCUGCAGCCACAGAGUAACAAAGACGCCGUCGGAGGCCUCUCGGAGGUCUGUGGCUGCGUUGCCGCGCGAGACGUGAAUCGGAGCGCCGGUGCAUCGGAGCUCCCCUUUAGGAUCACCUGACUCAAGCCUCAGCUGGUGUAACCGGCUGUUUUCGUGUGGAUGCGAGCGUGCGUGAGUGUGCGAGUGUGUUAAAAAGACGGUGAGACGACAAUGAAAACUAAGAAGAAAAAGACGCAGUUGAAGAAAGAACCGUACUGUACACAAAGGGUUAAGUUUUAAGUGAAUCAACUCCAGAACAAACAAUAAAUGUGAUUUCAAAUUUCA